CACCUCCCGAUCCAGCACGGCAAAACUCUCUACUCUUUUGCCUCACCUCCGGCGUGAGAAAGGGUUAGGGUUCCGGUGAGCUCCAUCAAUGAGGGUGAAGAAACAGAAGAGACACCGCAAGGCGGUGAGGUUCUACUCAGUGCGCUUUGGAUUCCGUGAACCCUACAAGGUCCUCUGCGAUGUAAGCCAGCGUCUCCUCGCAGCCCGUGUGCUACUUUUCUCCUCUCGCUGAGUCGUUGUUGAGCUCCAAGUGCUUGGUGAAUCCCACUCUGAAGCUCUUAAUGCCGCUCGCCAGCUUGUCACCAUGAGAUGAGACCAUGAGAAGAGGGUGAGCGCCACUGCGUGCAUAGAAUCGAUCAUCGGAAAGUCGAAUCUCAAGCACUUCUUUGUGCCCACGCAGGACGCUAAUCUUCGAAUGAUUUCUUGUUGUCAUUAUUUAGACCUCUUUGAUUUUUUUUUUUAUGUUAAUUGCAGAUUUUGGUGGAACUAUUCUUUUGAUUACCAUAUAGUUUUUUUGGUGCUCUUAAGCAUUCAUUCAGGACAUGCUAAGCAUUGGUGGAAGGGUGCAUGGUUUGGGAAAAAAUUGCUCUGAUGAAAUUUAUUUGAAGCUACGCACUAGUACAGGUUAUUAAUGAAGAUCUAUAUUUUUGGGUGAAGAGAUACUUAGCAAGCAGUGGUACAUUUGUGGGAAUGUGUUGACUGAAGCUGAUGUCCGCUUGUUUGUCACUCUUAUAAGAUUUGAUGAGGUUUAUGUUGAUCAUUUCAAAUGCAACAAGAAGCUGAUACGAGAGUAUCCAAAUCUGUUCAACUACACCAAAGACAUAUACCAAACCAAAGGGAUAUUGCCAACCUCCAUGUCCAAGACAAGCUCCUUCUCUCAUCAUCUUUGGCCCCUGAAAGCAUCACCUUCGACACCGAUGGCAAAGGCCCCUACACUGGCAUCUCUAAUGGCCAUAUACUCAAAUGGAGAGGCUGUAGUCUUGGUUGGCAAGAGUUUGCCACCACUUCAAACAUCAGGACAAGUAACUAUGAUAGCAUAAAAUAUUUCCAUGUAAGUUUAGAGAGUAAAUAUGGGAGGCCAUUGGGGUUGCAGUUUAAUAAAGGCACCGGUGAUCUUUACAUCACUGAUGCUUAUUUUGGAUUAUUAACUAUUGGACUUGAGGGAGGAAAGGUAGCACAGGUUGCUGUGACUACUAUGGCUGUUGAUGAUCAACCAUUUGGGCUCACUAAUGGUUUGGAUGUUGAUCAACAGAAUGACAUGGUUUAUUUCACUGAUAACAGUACUCAUUUCCAAAGAAGAGAGCAAAUCCAUUGAACCCAAUGAGCAAUGGAGGUGAGAGUGUUAAAGAAGAGGUGUCCCAUGAAUCUUCGGAAGGCCACCAUUUGCUAUCCCGCAAUCGAUGAGGGAGGAGCAAGUGCAAAAUCUG